UGCUGACGCUCUCUCUCGUCUUAACUUACAGAAGUUCCACCAAGCCUCCCCGCAGGCACUGCCAUACCCCACGCAGAUCCCGGCCCAAUGGCUACCAAACGCCUUCAUCUAAUGCUCAACGACACACUAAAAGCAGCACUUGCCCCCAGUACCCAAAGGACGUACAUGAAAAUCGAACCUCUCCUGGACCAGUUUGCUGCAGAAAUAGGUCAACCUGCAUUUCCCACGUCACCGUCAAUUACAGCUCUCUUCGCUCAAAGCUUGGCCAAGAAAUACAAGCCUUCUUCCAUAAAAACUCUAAUGUCGGCACUUAGCUACAAAUACAAAAUUAGAGGCUAUGAUGACCCUACCAGUUCAUUCAUCGUCAGGCAGACACUACGCGGCCUCAGCCGACUCCAACCAACAAUAGACGAUAGGCGCCCUCUCACUUUGGAGCAACUGCGCCAUCUUUUACAAACAGCGUCACAGCACCCCUUCUCACAAUACCAGGCCUGUCUCUUUCGAGCCAUGUUCACCACAGCUUUCUUCGGCCUCUUCCGCAUCAGCGAAAUCACCGGCGGUUCCAAAGAUAACAACCAUACCAUACGCAUACAGUACGUCAAUCUGGACCUCCAAAAAGGAACCAUUAUCAUCACUUUACCAUCCUUCAAGCACUCGUCCAACACAUCCAACCACCAAGUAACUCUCUUCAGACAAAAUCCUGCAAUAUGCCCAGUAGAGCACCUGGCCGCCUACCUACACAUGCGCCCGCAAAGCUCUCACAGCGAGCUCUUUCUGCAACAAGAUGGCUCACUAGUCACAAGACACCACUUCACGGACACUCUCAAACAUUGCCUCCAAGCCGCGGGGAUGGAUACAACCUUAACAAAGUCCCACAGCUUCCGCAUCGGAGGGGCCACUCUCGCAGCAAAAUGCGGCAUGUCCACUGAACAAAUACGCAUACUGGGAAGAUGGCGCUCCUCAGCCUUCACCAACUAUAUAAGAUUCUAACCCACCUAAUGUAUUCGGUACUCGGGCCGAUGCCAGGACAAUACAUAUAGCUCA